CGCGUAAAUGGAAACGUGAAACUUGUGAAAAGGAGUAAAGAGGAGAAAAAGCUUCUGCGGAAGCAAUUAAAAGCAAGUCACACGUUGCUAAAACACGAGGCCAUUAAGACAGCAUCCCUGCCAACUAAGAGUGACCCCAAAGUAACUUCAUUCUUCAACACUUGGAUGGCCUGCACACUUAUUCAUAAAAAUGGGAUCAAUUGAGAAUGUGGACUGAAUACCCUGGUGGUGGCGAAUGGCGGGCUGGGCAAUGGAGUGAGCCGGGAGCAGCUGCAGGCCGUGCUGAAGGACAGCGGCUGUGUGGAGACCCUCCUCAUGCCGCCCAACAAACCCUACGCCUUCGUCACGUACGGGUCUGUGGAGGAGGCUCGACGCUGCCAGGUCUCCCUCAACGGCAGGCAACUGCAGUGCCAGGGACAGGCUGUCACCUUGUACCUCAGCUUUGUGGAGAACGUGGGCAGUGAGUCAGUGGCCUGUACGGAGCUCCCCCCGGGCCUGAAGGUGCUGGAGGAUUUUAUCUCGUCCGAGGAGGAGGCAGGUCUCCUGGAGGCCAUCGACUGGGCGCCCCAGACGGACACGGUCACUGCGCAGAAAGCACUGAAGCACAGGAGAGUGAAGCAUUAUGGGUAUGAGUUCCGAUACGACAACAACAAUGUGGAUAAGGACAGACCAUUACCUGGUGGACUUCCUCCAUUUUGCGACACUGUGCUGGAGAGAUGUCUGAAGGAAAAUCACAUUGAUGUUAUACCAGAUCAGCUCACCAUCAAUCAGUAUGAACCAGGACAAGGAAUUCCGCCGCAUGUCGACACUCACUCUGCCUUUGAAGACACAAUCCUCUCCUUAAGCCUUGGCGCAAAGACUGUGAUGGACUUCAGGCACCCGGUAGGCCGGUCUGUUGCCGUGGUGUUGCCGGAGCGGAGCCUGCUCGUGAUGAAGGGGGAGGGCCGUUACCUGUGGACACACGGGAUAACUCCCAGGAAAUUUGACGUGGUCCCUGCUGGCGAUGGCGUGAGCUCUGGAGCGGUGACCUCUGACCCCGGUGACCUGACCCUGAGCAAGCGGAGCACCAGGACGUCCUUCACCUUCCGCAGAGUGCGGCGGACAGCGUGCGACUGCGCGUUCCCGUCUGCCUGCGACAGCCAGCGCCCCCCGGAGGUGCCCUCCGCCCCGGCUCUCCCGCGGGAUGACGGGGAUGCGUCCCGGCUGGAGGCCCAGUUCGUGCACCGCGUGUACGAAGAGAUCUCCUCCCACUUCAGCAGCACACGCCACUCCCCCUGGCCGCGCGUCAGCCACUUCCUGCACUCCCUGCCCCCGGGGGCCGUCCUGGCCGACGUGGGCUGCGGGAACGGGAAGUACCUGGCCAUAAACCCCCACCUGUGGGCGAUGGGCUGUGAUCGCAGCCACAACCUAGUGCAGAUCUGCGCACAGCGAGGAUUACAGGCGUUCGUGUCGGACGCACUCGAUGUUCCCCUGCGCAGCGGCGUGUGUGAUGCGUGCAUCUCCAUCGUUGUGAUCCAUCACUUCUCCACGCAGGAGAGAAGGCUGGCCGCUGUUAAUGAGCUCGUUAGGCUCCUCAAGCCCGGGGGAAGAGCUCUGAUUUACGUCUGGGCAUUGGAGCAGGAGUACAGGAAGCAGAGAUCGAAGUACCUCAAAGAAAACAGCCCGGGACAGGAAGAGAGGGAUGGGCCUAGUGCUCAGAUGACACAAAACAACCCGGACUACAGUCAGGAGCAUGCUGGGACAGAUGAGCCCUCAGUUCAGCAGAGUCAGCCCAAACUUUCUGUGCACACCAACCGCACUGUGUUCAACUCCCAAGACCUGCUUGUACCCUGGCACCUAAAGGGUGUCGCCCAAAAGGCCUCUGAGACAUCCACAGAGAGCAAGCAGUCUGCAUCUGGCCCUGUAUUCCAUCGCUACUAUCAUGUUUUCCGUGAAGGGGAACUGGAGAACCUGUGUGGUAGUGUUAAGAACAUUACCAUUCAGAGUAGCUACCAUGACCAGGGGAACUGGUGUGUCAUUGUAGAAAAGACUCUAGAUCUCUAAUGACUGGAAAUAAUGAGGAAAUUAGAUUUUCACUUGAUUGGUUUAUGACGAGAUCUGUAAUCAUACAAGGCAAUGAGGUGUUUUAUUACAUUUUUAUGAGCAUAAUAAAAACCCAAAAAAGAUUGGGAAGAAAACAUUUUCAUGCUGCUAAUGAAUGCGUUCGUAGGAUAUGUUAUGCUUUAUGGCUGAGGUGAAAAUGUCUUUACGGUCGGUUCUGUUGACUGUAUUAUUAUGGUACUCUGCAGUGUGAAGAGCUUGGUUAUCAGUAUUGGUGGCAACAGGGCAAGCAGCGCAGCCCAGACGUCCUUCCCCCAGCGACUUCCUCCAACUCAUUCCGGGGGAUUCUAAGGCAAUCCCAAGGUGGCCAGGAGAUAAUCCCUCCAGUGUGUUCUAGGUCUGGCCCUGGGUCUCCUCCCAGGUGAACAUGCCUGAAAGGGAGGUCCUUAUCUGGCGCCCAAAUCACCUCCACUGACUCCUCUCAAUGCGGGGGAGCGGUGGCUGUACUGUGAAUUCUUAUAUUAAUAACUGCAAAUAAGUAUAAGGUGUUUUAUCACCACAAAUGUAGCACAUGGCAUUACCACGACAUUACACAACAUAUGCAUAUUUGUAGUUAUUGUUGAUGAAGGGUGCACUUCUUGCUCUUGAACAUUAUUUACAUUUAUGAAUGUGUUUAGUGCUUAUGGAGUAUAGCUUUUAUGAAGGACAA